AGAUAUACUAAAGUGGGAAGGAAGGUGGGAGGGAGGGCUUCUUGGGAAAUUAAUAAACUUGCAGAAAAGCAAAGCAAAGCAAAGAAAUUGGGAAGGAGGGACGAAAAUGGGGAGCUAUCCAAUGGCUCUCUGCCCUACAAAACCAUUUUUGAAACACCCCUCUUCUUCUUCUUCUUCUUCUUCAAGAUUCAACACUGCUUUCUUCUUCUGUCCUUCUUCUUCCUCCUGCACUUCUUCUUCUUCUUCUUCUCAGAGUGGUCAUGGGCGGUUUUGUUUGUGUUCAAGAACAUCAAUCACCAGAUCCAUGGCAGCAUUUAAGUUUGUGGGCACUGGCAGGAGGAGGGGCUGUGAAUCGAUGAGAGUGAGAUCAGGUGCUGCUGUUCCUGCUCCUGCUCCUGUUCCAAAUGCCAAAGAAGGAAGAAGAUAUUUGCAGCUUGGAUUCAUGUUUCUUGUCUGGUAUUUGCUGAAUAUAUACUUCAACAUCUUCAACAAACAGGUUCUGAAGGCUUACCCAUACCCUGCAACGGUAACGGCGUUUCAGUUUGGAUGUGGGACAGUGCUGAUUCUUUUGAUGUGGGGAUUCAAUCUUCAUCCCAAGCCUAAUAUUCAAAAAUCUCAGUUUUUAGCAAUCUUUCUGCUUGGCAUUGGGCACACAAUUGGAAACCUUCUAACAAACAUCAGCCUCGGAAAAGUUGCUGUUUCAUUCACACACACAAUCAAGGCUAUGGAACCUUUCUUCACUGUCUUGCUCUCUGCUUUGUUUUUUGGUCAGAGGCCAUCAAUCUGGGUUGUUUCUUCUCUCGUCCCCAUUGUCGGUGGCGUGGCUUUGGCAUCAUUCACCGAGGCAUCUUUCAACUGGAUAGGAUUCGGCACGGCUAUGGCUUCUAACCUUACCAACCAAACACGAAAUGUAUUCAGCAAGAAGUUGAUGGUUAAGAAGGAGGGAACAUUAGAUAACAUCAACCUCUUCUCCAUUAUGACCAUUACGUCGUUUUUACUUCUGGUGCCCACUGCCAUUCUUCUUGAAGGCGUCAAGUUCAGUCCUUCAUACUUGCAAAAUGCUGCUAGCCAAGGUUUGAAUAUAAAAGAGGUUUGUUUGAGAGCUGUUUUAUCGGGUCUCUGCUUCCACACAUACCAACAGGUUUCGUAUAUGAUUCUGCAAAUGGUAUCACCAGUGACACAUGCGGUAGGAAACAGUGUGAAGAGAGUAGUGGUCAUCGUAUCCUCGAUAAUCUUCUUUCGGACACCUGUGUCGCCUGUCAACGCCGUUGGUACUGCUCUGGCUGUUAGUGGAGUAUUCUUGUAUUCAAAAGCAAAGAGGAUCAACAAACCAAAAGCUAAUUGACCAUGCCAUUCUUUACCAAUUUCUAUCAAUCAAUCAUUCAUAUAGUAGCAAGUAACUAAAUUUGGAUAGGAAGCUAGUGAGUGAGGCAGCUAUUCAUUAUUGUAAUGAAACAAGGAAAGAAAUGUUUGUAAUUUUCUGAUGAUUAUAAAAACAAACCAUCAUGUAGAGAUGACCUGA